CCCGACAGCGGCGGGCAUAAUCGAUUCAGCAAGGCAUCCAAGCCCGCUCUCAAGGUCAGUCCUUUCGUAAAAUACCAGCGCGUAUAAUCAAUCUACCGACGAUCAUGGCGCCUCCACCCAAGUGCCGGGCCGCCGUCAGUCAUGUCCUACUUGCGGCCCUGUCGACCAGGGCUCUUCACGAAUGGCUGCUCCCCUUCCGAUGCCAGUUCCCCCACCACGGAGGAAGUAAACCGCGGCCCUUAGCGACCUGCAUACCCCAAACUCUUCUCCUAGUACGCCAUCGAAUGAACUGGGACGUAGGUGUAUUGCCGAGUAGAGAGAAGUGCAGUUUGCACCCAUUACCCCUAUCCAAAACCGGCAGGGAGUCUACCCAAGUGGGGUGUUGGGUGAAAUUCACCACCCAUGGACUGCUGAUCAAAGAGGGACACCAAUUGCAAUAUGGAAGCGUGGGUUGUACACAAAAGUUCAUUAGAACCUUGAUCCAACAUGACCGAGGGUCAGCGACACAUCUACCACCCUGAUCAGUACUUUGGUAGUGGCCGCACUUGUUGCUGUUAUCCUGCUGCCUGAUUAUGGAGUGGAGAAAAAUAGGAUAGGAUGACGGAUAUGCUGGAGAAGGCUCCCAUAAAAUCGCUCGGCGGCAAGCCGUUGUACGUAGCAAAAUGCCAUGCCAUGGUAGGGGUAAGGGAAGGGAAAUGGAGUGACUAGCCUAUGUAGGCAGAGUUGUCUGCUGGACGGAGCGGAAUGCCGAGUCUAACUCGAUCCGGCCCUUGCUGGGUGGUGUGAAGGCUCCAGAUCCUCUUGUCUCCAGGUUACAUGGCAUCCGGGGGUGACAAAAAAAGAAAGAAAAAAAA